AUGUCUGAAAAGAGAAAGCGUCUAUCAAACGUUAAAAUUAAUUUAAAUCGCACUCCUCCCAAAAAGAAAAAGGAAGAAGAAAGUUGUGUUUGUCUGAUACAAUGUAAAGAACGUGAUAAAUCGGCAACAAUUACAAAAUUCAGCGAGAAAUCACGUAAAUCAGUUUACAACGCAGCAAAAAUCAGGAAUGAUGCCAAUGUAGUUUCAAUAUUAGAUGAUUAUGGUGAUAAUUUGCCAACAUCACAAUAUGGUUUCCAUCGAAAAUGCUACCAGGAGUAUACCCAUUCAAAGGCGUUAAAAAAAUUGGCGGGAAAGUCAGAUGAAUUAAAACAAUGCGGGUUUUCUCAAGAAACUGAGGCAUGUCGGUCAUCGGGUCGAAAGUCCAAUCGGGCAGGUUUGUUCAAUAAAUGUCUUAGUGAUAUUAUUAAAUAUUGUUUUUAAAAAAUUGUGUUGGUUUUUUAAUUUCCGUGCAUUUCAUUAUGAUUCCAAAUACGUCUUUGCAAUUCAGGAAAAUUACUGGCUGACUAUGAGUGCUGCAUUUGUGGGAAGAAAAAAACAGCAACGAGUGGAAGUGGUUAUGAGCAUCUGCAAAAGUGCGAAACUGAGAACGGUGCGCGGAAUUUGGUAAAUGCAGUGAUAUCGCCCUCUGUUACACAGGCACAGAACACACGUUUGUAUGCUGAAGUUGCUGGAGCUGACUGGCAGACCAUACUUGCAAAAGAGUAUUUUUACCAUCGGACGUGUUAUCGCGAUUUAACCAGGAAAGCGUACAUCAAACAGUGCGAAGAGGAAGAUGAAAUUUUCCAACAGCUUUCAAAGUUCGUUACAGAAAAAGUGCUCACCGACUGUAAUGUGCUAUCCAUGUCUGAAUUGUUGCAGAAGUAUGCGGAUAUACAAUCCCAGUGUCAAUUUGGAGAACAGACUACACCCCCGCUUAAGAUGCAGAGUUUAAAAGACAAACUUAAAAGAUCAUUCGGUUCAAACAUUGGUUUUUGGCGUCCAAGUUAUGGAAGCGAUCUCGUUUACAAUAACACCAUUGAAAAAGGGCAACUGGUUGAAGUAGCAGUGAAGGCAAAACUAGCAAAUUAUAGGGAGAAAACCAUGGAGGAAAAAACCAAAGAAGUAGCUCAGGAGAUCCGCAACGAGUUGAUAGAAACUCCAGACACAUUCAGCAGGUUGGGUAUCUUCAUGUUUCUUCAAAAACACACAAAUGGCCAUCCAUUUUCGUGUGUCAUUGAUUUAAUGAUUAGAAUGUACUUAUUUUUACUUUAUAGGCAGUUAAUAUUCCAACUUGUUUUCAAAGAAACACACACAGCCGUGAAUAACAAUAUUUUCCAUUUGUUUAUUGUAAGAGUCUUUGGUCAAAAGAUCGAUUUUGUAAAAUAAUGCGGAGGGUGCUUGACUGCAAAAAAUGUUCUCUCUUACGAUGAGAUUCUACACGUUUCAAUUUGGAAAAACCGUGCCCCUCCCCCCCCCCCUCCCCCCUCCCCAUAGGUCUGACAUUUCUCCAAUGUAUUUUUCAUUCCUAUAACGUUAAUAACAUUGUAUUUGCCUAUGUAUUUGCUUGAUACUUACUUUUUCAAGCAUUUAUCCUACGUUUACAGGAAGAUUACUUCUAUUUAUAGUUGGCCGCCCUCGGAAGCAGAGAUUUUGGAAAAAACGACCAGCAUCCCACCUUUAACAAAAUGUUUACUGGAGAGUAUUAUUUCGGGAAGAUCGAUAGCAACUGAGAAACUAAAACGACUGGUAUCGUCUAUUGGUCAAGACCUUAUUUACCAUGCGAACAAUGGAAGAAGGAAGACAUCAAAACAUGUUACCUUUCCCUUUUCAGUUAAGAGAAAAACUGGUUCCAAGAUGGUGAUUAACUGGAUCAGCAAAUUUGGUCAUGGGAUAUCGUACGAUGAUGUCAUAAUCCUGGAGACACAUCUGGCAAGAGAACAUAGCAAAGAGCAACUACUAAGGACUUUUAUACCUGCCACUAUCCAACCAGGUCAUUUUGUGACAUUUGUUUGGGACAACAACGAUAUAAACCCUGAAAGUUUGAAAGGCAUCAGUAUGCACUGUACAAAUGGAAUUAUCAUCCAGUCAUCCAAUGUUCCCAUGAGAGAAACAGAAACAUCCAGCACAGCAACAUCGAUAGAUCAAUCGCAAGAUGACCCAAGUAAACCAAGAUCAAAGAAGUUCACGCCAUUGCACGUUGAAAUCCCGGCCUACAUCCAAAUAAAACGACAGAGCUCUGAGAGCCACAAAAAUAUUAGGCGUAACCUAUAUGAAGAAGAAGAGCGGUGUUCGCACAAAACGGAUACCUUGUGGGUAAUUGCAAAAUUCCAAGCAACCGCCGAUAAUGCCAAGCAGAAGAUCCCAAACUGGACAGGCUUUAAUUACACGAUAACCGAUAGUGACAGCGACAGUCAUCAUAACAUUGAAUACCUUCCUGCCAUCAACCAAUCUCCAUCUUCCUACGACACAGUUCUGGAGUUGCUCACUCAAUCCAAAAUUAAAGCAGAAAAGCUCGGUCUAGUCGAGACAGAUGUUGUCCUUGAUAUGGCAAUUUACUCGAAAGCUGUGGACAUUUUCAUGAAUCCCAGGCACUUUGAUCUCAAAGAAUUUAUCGUCCUGCGUCUCGGAGCAUUUCACACAAUGUGUAUUUUUAUUGCAGUGAUUGGAAAACGUUUCGGCGAUGCUGGGCUUCGUGAUCUUGUCGUAGAAUCUAAUCUGCUCGGAGAAAGUGCUGUUGAUCAGAUGCUCAAAGGAAAGCAUUAUAAUAAUGCCGUAAGGGUUCUCAAAUACGUCUACGAUUCAAUGAAGAGGCUUAUGCUUGAGAGUUUUGAACAGUGGAUCAACGAUAACACUGGAGAAUUAGAUAUCACCUACAAGGAAUUUAUCAACUCUCUUGAACUGCAAGAACUCGUCUCUGCACCAACAAGAGAAAAGAUGGAGAGUGUUUACAAAAAUAGCGAAGAAGUGACAAAUGGCAUUCACAAAUAUGAACACUCGCUACUGCAUGGUGAUUUAGGAGCAACAGCUUCAAUCUGGUCGUCUUUUCUUCAAAUGGUGCAGAUACUGCUCGACUUUUUACGUUCGAUCAAGCUAGGAAACUGGAAAUUACACCUGAGAGCUACGGAGAAAAUGCUUCCCUGGAUGUUCGCCUACGAUCGUCCAAAUUACGCGAGAUUCCUUACCUACUAUUGGAUAACAAUGCAAAAAUUACCAGAAACACACCCGGGUAUCCAUGAGGAAUUUAUGGCCGGAAAUUUUUCAGUCCGCAGGGUUAACGGCACGUUUAACAAGAUUCCAUCUGACCAGGCAAUAGAGCAGACAAUCAACAGGGAUCAAAAAUGUGCUGGUGGUAUUAUCAAUUUCUGCACAUCAGAAGGGACUGUACAACGAUGGGUACUUACGAGUCACAUAGCUGCGAAAUGCAAGUCCAACAUGGAAGAAUUUUUAGGAAUGGCAGAACUUUACAGUGCAACAAAAGAUCUGUCUGAGAAAAGAGUUCUAUUUGACGAAGAAUGCGUGAUGCGAAGUUAUGAGCUACUAAAAGAAUGGGGAUCGCCUUUUACAGAAAAUAGUGAGCUGGUGCACCUUAGUUCUGGCAUAGAAGCAAGCGAUGAAAUCCGGAAAGACAUGGUGAAUGCGGAAAAGAAAGGAGAAGAAGCCCUAAGGAUGUUUAUAAGAGACCGGGUAGAGUCGAAUGCGGUCGAUAUGUACUGUCCCAUCCCGAAGAUUAAAUUAAAGACAUUUGCAGCCCUGAAAGCGAAAAAAUCCUGUAAGAUUCGUGAUAAGACUCUGACAUUGAAAGCUGACAGAAAUAUAUUUGCUAGGCUAUUGGUGAUUAGUGGGAAACGCGAAAUCAGUAUAAAAGACGUGCUUACCUAUUCAUUGGGCCCAAUUCCAUGGUCACUGGCAACAGUUGAUGGCGGACUGGUUAAAACAGUAAAGUCUAAUCUUUUAGAACUCGUUGAAUGUGAUGGCGCAGACCCUCUUGUUGCAAAUAUUCCUGACAGCUGUGUUCGAGUUUUUGAUGGCAUGGUUCUUAUCCAGCAGCUUGUUUCAACAAAAUUUGGAACGUUUGGUGAAAUGUCAGAAUUUCUGCUGAAAAGGAUUACAAGCAACCAGGCAAAGGUGAUUUACUUGGUCACAGAUCAAUACAAAGAAGAUUCUUUGAAGAGCGUUGAACGUCAACGACGGGCAGCGGCUGGCAGUAUCCGUAUGCAGUUGACAAGAAGAGAUCAAAAACGGCCCAAACAAUUCAAAAAAUACCUUAGUGAUGGUGUGAAUAAAAUUGGAUUUGUCAAAUUCCUUUUAAAAGACUGGUCAGAUCCCCACCGUUUCAAAGAUAUCAUCAACGGUCGAGUCAUCUUUAUUACCAUUGAAAGUGAAGGUUAUCGUUUAGAGGUAUCUGGAAACACAGUUACAUGUCGACAAGACGAGGCGCUUGAUUCGGAUCACGAAGAAGCUGACACCAAGAUGUUCGUAUGUUGCCAGCACGCUAUCCAACACUUCAUCGAGUUCGAGAAUAUCUGUAUUUCGACCGUCGAUAGCGAUGUUGCAAUCCUUGCCAUCUACUAUAAAGAUCGCAUUCGGUGUAACCUGUACAUCGAGAUUGGCUCAAAGGGAAAAAAAAGAAUAUUAUCGGUAUCUAAGAUAGCGGAUAACAUCGGAAAAGAAAUGGCUGAUGCCCUUCCUGCCCUACAUGCUAUAAGCGGGUGUGAUUCAACGAGUGCGUUCUAUGGUGUAGGAAAGAAGAAGGUUUACAAGAUCGUGAAGAAUUCGGAUGCUUACAAAGAAGCAUUACAACAGCUUGGCACCCACUUUAUAUUCAACGAAGACAUUUUCCCAGUGAUCCAGAAAAUGGUUGCAGAAUUCUAUGGUAUUCGUGGCUGCACUCGUAUAAAUGAUGCCCGCUACCAGCGUUUUUGUGCAAAAGGCAAGGCUCCUGAACCACAACAACUCCCGCCCACAGAAGACGAGCUACGUUUACACUGUCAACGUGCAAAUUACGUAACUUACAUCUGGAAGUCAGCGUUAUCGCCAAACAUUGAUGCGCCAGACCCCAGCGGACAUGGAUGGUAUAAAGAUGGAACAUCCGCAACAUUGAAUAUAAAAUGGAUGAGUCAGAAGCCAGCUCCCGAUACGCUAUUAGAAUUUUUGUCGUGUGGAUGCAAGAAGUCAGAAUGCCGUAACAACAUGUGCGUGUGCUUCGCAAAUGGCCUGAAAUGUACUGAUAUUUGUACUUGCGACACCUGUUCAAAUAUUGUGGCCGAUGAAGAUGAUUUGGACUCAUACGAAUUGUUUGAAAGUGAUGAAGAAGAUUGA